AUGACAAAUAGAAAUUACGAUGAUGCAAAUCAAUUAGCUGCAAAUGAAGCAAACAGCAGUUAUUCAGGUACUCAAAAAGCUUUAGCAGAAAAGAGUAAUAAUGAUUUAUUUAUCUCCCUUGGCACAACAUAUACGACAUCGAAAUGUAACACUUAUUGGCGGCUGGUGGAAGAUACUUCAGGUGUGGUUUUCGAAGCAGAACGUUACUUUGGUAAAUACUUCAACGAUACUUUGUAA